AUGGUGUAUGGCAUCAAUUCUUCACUCCACGUUGACUUAAUACCACCCCGCGGGGAAGAGUUUGGCGGUGAGGGGUUAAAACGGAAACCCUGCAUGGCCCCCGAGGAUGGAAGCCUAAUAAUUUGGGAAUUUGAUCCGAAAACAUGUCUUGGAACCUACUACUGCAAAGGCAGCCAUCAAUUUUUCCUUACCAAUAGAAUUUGGUAUCAUCUGGAUGUGAUCAUGCCCCUGGACUCUGCUGACAUCUCAGAGGAGGUGACUGGUCUGCCGGAAGAACUAACCAAGCCCCAACGCGUAGACUCUGUCAGUCAGAUUGAACAAAUAAUGCAGCACCUGGGCGAAGUCCUAAUGGCCUCUUCCGCCUUUGUUGAUGUCUCGAGCGAGGCGAUGUCCAUCACAUCCAGGCUUACGCCGAUUCCACAGCCUAAUCAGCCCUGCGGCUCCUUCAACCUCACCCGCUAUCGCCGCUGUUUCCUGGUGAUUCCAGCUAGCAUGGAUAGGGGAAGACUGGAAAAGCUGCCAGACGAUGUGCGGAUAAAUUAUGAGCUGAUAAGACGCGCUUUCGGAUUCCUUCAUGACUGGAGGGAUAUAGCGGAUCCCGCUCAGAGAGAGACCGAAAGGCAGAAUGCCGCAGAUAAGGCGGAAGAACUAGGCUUCCACAUGCAUAUGAACGAAAGCCACAUAUUUCUACCAUGUCACUACACCUACUUGAAGCAUCUCAAGUUGACACCCGGCGUGCCAAAGCCCUACCACGUAAAGAAUCUCUACGCAAGUGUCCAAUUUGAACUCCCGUGUCCCGAAUUAGACCCACUUGAGAUCAUAAACAUGGCCAUAGCUGGAGACAUUCAGGCCAUGAAGAGUGAAAUUCUUGGUUUUGAGGAUAUACGUUACAUGAAGACCGAGAAGGUCGUCGUUGAGAACACCGAGCGCUACGAGCUGUUAUGCGGAGGUGAGUUCGAGGAGAUCACCUUCAGGUGUGAUAGCAUGCAGACGGCCGAAAUUAUGUGGAAAUAUGAAGCCAGCAACCUGACCUUCAUGCUGAAGUCCUUCAUUGAUGAAAGGGUAUAUCUCACUCCAACCUGCGCUCUGCACUUUAGAACUGUGAGGUUGACGGAUGGAGGUGUUUACAACUGCUAUAGACGAGACCUUCGUUUGAAACAUCAGUGGCAGAAAAGAGCCUUCAUCGCCUUCCGACUGAAGGUAGAGAAGCCCAGGUAUCGAUUUCCUUCGAAAAUGGAUACAUUCGUUGGUCUUACCUUCCUCGGUGGUUGGUCUAUUAUACUCGUCUUCGUUUGGACCAUCGUCACUCUGUGGAGCUACGAUGCGCACAAGUAUGCACUGAUGCAAGCAGCCGAACGCAGAAGAAAGUUUGAUCAAAUAACCCUUGAGAGACAUGCCUCCCUGCCAAACAGUUUUCCCCUGGAAGAAGAGGAAGGCGAACCGCAGUAG